CCGGGUCCCAGCAACACAGAGCCACAGCUGCGGUGAAACACAGACUGAACAACGCUACAAUUGGGGAGGACCGGUGAUACAGCAAAACCAAGAGCCACAUCGUGGAAAUUCAAUGGGAUGGAUUAAACCUUUUUACGCCACCGUUUAGUGCUCGUAUUGGGACUUACGUCACGGUGCCACGGAUAAAAGAUCGCUUCAUUUUCAGCUUUCUUUGAGCCUGAACACCUAAAUACGUCUCAGUGUAGCUUGUGUUUAGCUCAGCGAUGAUGGAUACUUGAAGCUAGUAGCUAAGCCGACGUUACUUCUCUGUCAGGCGAGUAGCGGUAGCUAUAAAUUCGCUCGGUCGCUCGUCUGUUACCCUAGUUUUAACAUCCGUGGUCAUUAUCGUAUACAGUAUGUUAGCUCGUGAGUAACAAAAACACAGACUGAAAACGCCGGUGAAUUACAACUGGUGUCAGCUGACGCUAGCUUGCUAGCCACACGUAAAGCGGCUACCAGUUUCGUGUGUCAAUCGCGAGAGAGUGCAAAAUUUCCCUUUAUUUAAGAUAGACUGUGUGAUAAAUAGAAUCUUUUUUGGGGGGGGGGAUAGGUCGUGUUGUCCGUUCAUCGUAGUUUCGUCAAAACGGCGGCGUUAACGUGCUUCAACUUUGUUACAUACUGUCAGAGACCAACUACCCCCCGGAUUUUCUUAAAAUGCAUCAUCCGGACCCCACUGGAGACUCUGGCAGUGUUAGAAAGAUGGCGCAGCCGGCUGCCUUUCACAGAAGGGGUAGCAACACCAGCAGCGGGAGCGGCUCCUCGCUGUCAACACCGGUGGCCACCAACAGUCACGGCUCGGCUGCUGAAGAAUAUCAGACCUCGCUGUUGAUUCAGUGCCAAACUCCAGGUGGCUCAUCCUCCCCAGGUCCCCACCAUCCUCCUUCCCACAGCCUGAAUCUACAUUCCCAGGCCACACAGUCUGCUGGGGCUCAGAUGAAAAAGAAGAGUGGCUUCCAGAUCACAAGCGUGACUCCAGCGCAGAUAUCUGUGAGUACCAACAACAGUAUUGCGGAGGACACAGAGAGCUACGACGACCUGGAUGAAUCCCACACAGAGGAUCUGUCGUCCUCAGAAAUCAUGGAUGUCUCUCUUUCACGAGCUAAUGAUGUAGUUGGAGCAGAGAGAAGCUCCUCUGAGGAGACCUUGAAUAAUUUUCAUGAGGCUGAAACUCCAGGGCUCCUGUCACCAAACCAGCCUUCACACCCCCAUUCUCUGAAUCAAGCACCGCAACCGCAGCAUGGUGGGGGUAUGGUGAAUGGGACUGUGCACCGUCAUCCUCAUCAUCAGAACCAUGCCCAGGGCUACCCACUGUCUUCUGGGUCUGUGGGUGCCUCAUCUACCCAUGCCUCUGUCAUUCAGAAAAUGCCUUCUAAUGUUGGGGUCUCUCAAGAGGCAGCCCCUGCAAACAUUGUUUCUCAGCCUGUGGUGAUGGUGGGCCUGGGAUCCACUCCUGGAAUGCACAGCUCUGCUACAGGCACUGCAGUUAGUAUAGUUAAUCCCCAGACCAGCAGUGUUAUUAAUGUGAAUAUGUUGAGCUCUGCCAAUGUGCCUGUGAGGGGGGGAAUAAGCACGAGUGCGAGCAACAGCUCCGGAGGCUUUCCUCUCAAUGCGAAAAGCGGUUCUGCGGGUGGUGGAUGUGGUUCUGCAGCAUCUGGGGGCAACCUCAUGACUAACACCAAUAACACCAUGAUUCCGCAACAACAAACUCUCAACUGUAACAUCUCUUUGACUACUACAACCACUUCUGCUGUUACUGUUGCCAGUGCCUCGAGUGGAAUCCAGGGAAGACAUGGUUCUGCGUCUAUGAGUGCCCCUGUUACUGUCUCAACUAUUCCGGCUCAACCUGCCCCAGCAACAAUGGUUUCUCACACCAGUUCUCGCUUCAGGGUGGUGAAGUUGGACUCAAGUUCGGAGCCCUUCAAGAAGGGCAGAUGGAUGUGCACUGAGUUUUACGACAAGGACACCCCAAACUCUGCUUCUUGCUCAUCUACAUCUGAUGCUGGCAGCAUGCGCCAGUUUGUCUCUGAGAACUUUGCUGGGUGCUCAGAGAGGGAAAGCACAAGUGGUAGCUCUGUGAGUAGUACUAUGAGCACAGUGAGCCAUUAUAUGGAAAGUGUUUGCAGUGGCGAGACUGGGGGACCCCCAGUUUCCCAACAUGCACAGGAUUACGCCUCCCCUCCUCAGGGUUUUCAAGCAGUCCUUCCCAGUGGCUUAGUAGGUAUGGGUGUGUCUCAAUCGCAACCCCUUUUAAACCCCCAAGAGAUCACCCAUUCAAAUAUCAAGAGUAACAUGCCUUCCUCGACUCCAUCAAACACAAAUCCGCCAGUACCUGUGCAAGGCCACUCUAUCACCAGUGGAAUGCCUAUUUCUGCUUCACCCCAGCAACAGCUGACCUACGCCCAGGCAGUUGCGAAUCAAACCCCAGGCUCCACACAAGGCAUUGUGGGUGUUCAGCAGCACCAGCACUAUGCCUCAUUUCCCCAACAUCCAUCUGCUGCCCCAGUACAAAUGAGACCCCCAGAGUACAGCCAGGCACAUCAAGGUAUUCCCCAAGCUCCCGCCUCUCAACAUCGAUUGAACCAAGCUGGACUAAAUUCUUCAGGGCAAGCUAAUGGAGCAUGUCAGAUGAUGGGAGGCCUCCAGCAGUCACCGGUAAUCCUCCAAAGUCAACCCCAGCAGCCCUCAUCUCUCCAGGCUACUACCUCCAAUACAGCCUUUCAUGUUGGAGUAGCAGCUCAACAGCCUCCGAGCCUCGCUGCUCACCUGGAUUUCCAGCAACAGAAACCACAGUCCCUCCCAACACAAGUCCAAAACCUUGGUCUGUGCACCCAGUUGCCCACUACAAUUCAGAGCCAGGUGACUGCACCUAGUGUGCCUCCAUCUAAGCCCGACCACCACGCUCUGCCACAAGUUCUCAAUGUAGGCAACAAUAGAAUGGCUCCCUCAAGGUAUUCCCCAGAGUUUGUCCCAGGAGCUCAGCAGUGCCCAGGCCCUGACCCAUGCUGCUCAGGCUAGUGCCCUCUAUGCUAGUCUGCCCACCUUCACGACUACUCAGCUGCAGGAUGCCCAGCGACUCCUACUCCAGCACCAGUCUGCUCUGCUGGG